AUGGACACACCUCCUCAGACGCCUCCGCCUAUUGGCCCUUCGUCGCCUGAUUACCUCGACAUCCACUAUUGGGACUUUGCCUAUGAGGAGAAGGGUCCUUUCCGUAUGCCAACUUCAAACAUUGCAGAUACAACGUCUAAGACAUUUGCUGAGUGCAUAUUUCGCCAAACAGCUGCCAAGCUGGGAGAGAGGAGGGACAAGGUAGAACUAUUCGAUGAUGACCCACGAGCCUUCGAACUGCUUGUGAAGUGGCUUUAUCAGGGAAGGAUUGAUGAUGUCGGCACUUUGGCAGUGGAUCGAAAAUGGGACUAUGCUUUCGCAUGUCAGCAGCUAUACAUACUUUGUGAGAAGAUCAAUAUGCCUGAACUGAAAAAUGUCGCCAUUGAUCAGUUCAGAAAGGGCUGUUAUGAGGCAGGCCUAGUCCCAGGAGCAGAGGAAAUGAUCCUUGUGUAUCAAAAAACUUCACGAUCGUCUCCGUUCCGGAAGCUAGUCAGUAAAAUUGCAGCCCGCCAGCUUAUGGAUCCAGAGUGCGAGCAAGAUAGCAGCAUAUAUCGGGAUUGCUUCGCCAAGGACCCAGAUUUCGCCAUCGACGUGAUCAAUGCCAUCAAAGAGGGGACCGGGCUUAGUAGCCUUUUCGAAGAUCCUACCGAAGAAGAAGGUUGCCAUUACCACGAUCAUCCUUCUGGUCAAUAUUGCAAUAUCCGGUUCAAUAAACGAGUUUCUUGA